AUGGGGCCCAGGGUUGCCAUUAUCGGGGCUGGGGUGUCUGGCCUUGCCUCGCUGAAGUCAUGUCUGGAGAAUGGUAUCACGGAUGCAACGGUCUUCGAAGGACGAGACGUUAUCGGCGGACAGUGGAACUACCAGGAGCCCGACCCAAAGUCCGGUGCAACAGGGUCAUCUAUAUACGACAAUGUGAUCUUGAAUUCAUGCCGUGACACUUCAUCCUUUAGCGAUUUUCCGAUCGAUCCCGCUCGUUACCCCGAUUAUUUUGGUCAUCGUCAGUUUCUGCAAUACAUUCACGAAUACGUGGAUAAUUUCAAGUUGGCGCCCUAUAUCAAAUUGAAGACCAAGGUCAUUUCAUGCAGGCUGCCGCAACCUAAGGAGGAAGCCGAAGGUGCAUCACAAAAAUGGACCGUCGUCUAUCAGGAACAGGGAAGUGAGCCGGUUGAAGCCGUGUUUGAUGCAGUUUUUGCAUGCACGGGUACUCUUUCAAAGCCGAUGAUACCAGACUUUGAGGGCAGAGACAAGUUCAAAGGAGAACUGAUUCACAGCCAUGUCUAUCGCAAGCCGGCGAAGUUUGAGGGGAAGAGGGUUGCCAUCAUCGGCUUUGGAAACUCGGCCGCUGACCUGUCCUCUGAGAUCAGUACGGUUGCGAAGGAGGUGCACUUGAUUACUCGCAGAGGCGGAUGGGUUAUCCCGCGCUAUGUGCUGGGCAAGCCUGCCGAGGCUUAUGAUAGUCGGGUAGUUGAAACUAUUCUCCCAAAAAGGGUCUCGGAAUGGUGUCAGAUGAAGCUAUGUGAUGCCGUCAUGGGCGCUCCUCCUGACGAGAUCAAGCCCAAGCAUAGACUCUCCCAAGCCAACCUGACUGUGCGGAGUGAUUUGCUGGAGAAUAUAAGAACAGGUCGCAUAACUCCACACCGCGCUGGCAUCGAGAGGAUAACCGACUCCUCGGUUGUCCUUACGAAUGGAACCUCUCUGGAAGUAGACGUCAUAAUCUGUUGCACAGGCUAUGACAUCGAUCUACCAUACCUUUUGGACGAAUACUACCGAAUGGAUGAGAAGGAUAGCCUUCUUCCUUCGAGAAAUAGUCUAAACCUGUAUAAGCUUGUUGCCUCACCUCGGUUUCCUAAUCUGUACUGCAUUGGUUACAUUCAUCUCGAGGGGCCCCUGAUACCCGUAGCAGAAGCCCAGGCAAGAUGGGCGGUCGGUGUCAUUACCAAGCAGGUGAAAUUGCCAUCUGUGAAGGAGAUGGAGAAGUCUAUUCACGCCUAUCAAGAGGGUCUGGCUGCCGAAAUGGUUUCCUCGGACCGCCAUACAACUAUAGUCCGGUAUCUACCUUACUGCGAUGACCUUUUCUCCCAGCUAAAUGCGGCUCCGACCUUCUGGCGUCUAUUCAAGGAAAUAUUUACUGCCAAUCCUUUACGUGGUUACAAAGUGCUGGUAGCGGUGUACUUUGGCCUCAAUUCACCUGCUCAGUUUCGCUUGUUUGGCGAGGCUAGCAACCCCAAAUUGGCAGCUGAGACGCUUAUAAGACUCUCUGGCGGGAACAGUAGGAUGACCGACGAGGAGAAGAAAUACGUUCUAGAAUACAGUGUUAAACGCACAGCCUCGGAAUAG